AUGCUUUAUAAUGCCGCUUGGUCACCGAACGAAUCUAUCACGCCGUCAAGUGGUUACUUCAAAUUUUCUAUUCCGCUAAGAAAACUUUUGGGAUUUGCCAAGGACUACAAGAAAAUUAUUGUAAACGCUAAACACGAACUAAUUUUGGUUCGCACUAGAAGCGAUGAAAAUGCAUUUAUUUCAUCCACUGAUAAUGCACACAUCAAAAUUUUUAAACUACAGUGGAAGGUGCCCCAUGUUGUCCUCGAUGGCGCUGAAAAAUUGUCAAUGUUGAAAUAUAUUGAAUCGGGACAUCCGAUUCAAAUAAGCUUUCGAAAUUGGGAACUGUACGAAUAUCCGGUUCUACCCACAACAACAGAUCAUGUGUGGAAUGUGAAAACCACAGGUCAACUCGAAAAACCUCGAUAUGUUAUUUUAGCUUUACAGACAAAUCGAAAAAAUCUCAAAGACAAAGAUGCCAGCAAAUUUGGUCACUGUGAUUUAACAAAUAUCAAAAUACAUUUAAACUCCGAAUCGUAUCCCUAUGACGAUAUGAAUAUUAAAUUUUCCCGUGAUCGAUUCGCUCUUCUCUAUGAUAUGUACUGCAAUUUUCAACAAUCUUAUUACGGUGUACAACCUCAGCCACUACUUUCACGAAGCGAAUAUAAGGAAUCUGCACCAAUUAUAGUAAUUGAUUGUUCACGUCAAAAUGAAUCCAUGAAAUCUGGCACAGUGGACAUAAGGUUAGACAUGAAAACAUCUGUAGAUGUGCCUGCCUUAACAACGGCUUACUGCUUGCUCCUACAUGAUCGUGUAAUAGAGUACAACCCACUCACUUCUUCAGUUCAAAAACUUGUAUAA